AUGGCUGCACUCCGAAAGAUCCCUUUGGAGCUCAGAGAGAAGAUUUACGGUCCGGUCCUCGAGCUUGACGAUGAAGAACCUCUACCUUUCUGCUCCGUAAUCACCCAACUCAAAGACAUGGGCGCUUUUGAACGAGCUUUGAUUCCAGAACGCGAUCUCUAUCUUGAGUUCUUAACAUUUAGGAUCAAGAACUCUGUACUCCGAAUCCGCCCUAAAACAAUUACGACAGGUCUUUUCAGUGAAUUCAAGUAUGACUCCACUGAGUUAAUGUGUCCAAUGGCGAGAGAUUCUAUUCGAGCAGUUAAUGUCGAGAUACCAGGUUCCGCUGGAUUGGCUGGAGAAUGGACUCAUGCGAAACUUAAGCUUCGGGAUACAAAAGGAUAUCCGUACAAGUUCAAGGACAGGAAGUUCAAAACGAGAAUGAUUCCAGAUUUCAUAUUUGAGGUAAGGAAUGCCAAGACUUUCUUCCUGGAUCCAACGAGAUAA